GAGCCGGGGCCGGCGGAGCGGCGCAGCGCGGGGGGCGAGGCCGGCGCGUGGCUCGCUCGCUCGCUCGCGCGCGGGAGGCCGGGCGGCAGCAGGGGCAUGUGGAUACUGGCCCUCUCCUUGUUCCAGAGCUUCGCGAAUGUUUUCACUGAAGAAGCUCACUCCAGCCUCUACUUUGUCAAUGCAUCUCUGCAAGAGGUAGUGUUUGCCAGUACCUCGGGGACGCUGGUGCCCUGCCCGGCCGCAGGCGUCCCUCCUGUGACUCUCAGAUGGUACCUAGCCACGGGUGAGGAGAUCUACGAUGUCCCCGGCAUCCGCCAUGUCCACCCCAACGGCACUCUCCAAAUCUUCCCCUUCCCUCCUUCGAGCUUCAGUACCUUAAUCCACGAUAAUACUUACUAUUGCACAGCUGAAAAUCCUUCAGGGAAAAUUAGAAGUCAGGAUGUCCACAUCAAGGCUGUUUUACGGGAGCCCUAUACAGUCCGUGUGGAGGACCAGAAAACCAUGAGAGGCAAUGUUGCGGUCUUCAAGUGCAUUAUCCCCUCCUCGGUGGAGGCGUACAUCACCGUUGUCUCAUGGGAGAAAGAUACCGUUUCACUUGUGUCAGGAUCUAGAUUUCUCAUCCCAUCCACGGGAGCCUUGUAUAUUAAAGAUGUACAGAAUGAAGAUGGAUUGUAUAACUACCGCUGUAUCACGCGGCACAGGUACACUGGAGAGACAAGGCAGAGUAACAGUGCGAGACUCUUUGUAUCAGACCCAGCGAACUCGGCCCCAUCCAUCCUGGACGGGUUCGACCAUCACAAAGCCAUGGCUGGCCAGCGGGUGGAGCUGCCUUGCAAAGCCCUUGGACACCCAGAGCCCGACUACCGUUGGCUGAAGGAUAACAUGCCCCUGGAACUUUCCGGGAGGUUCCAGAAGACAGUGACAGGGCUGCUCAUCGAGAACACCCGGCCCUCAGACUCUGGCAGUUAUGUGUGUGAGGUGUCCAACCGCUAUGGGACGGCUAAGGUGAUAGGCCGCCUGUACGUGAAACAGCCGCUUAAGGCCACCAUCAGCCCCAGGAAGGUGAAGAGCAGCGUGGGGAGCCAAGUGGCUUUGUCCUGCAGCGUCACAGGAACCGAGGGCCAGGAACUGUCCUGGUACCGCAACGGCGAGAUCCUCCACCCCGGGAAAAACGUGAGGAUCACAGGCCUCAACCACGAGAACCUUAUCAUGGAUCACAUGGCCAAGAGCGACGGGGGCGCCUACCAGUGCUUCGUGCGCCAGGACAAGCUGUCCGCCCAGGACUACGUGCAGGUGGUCCUCGAAGAUGGAACUCCCAAGAUCAUCUCUGCCUUCAGCGAGAAGGUGGUGAGCCCCGCCGAGCCCGUGUCCCUGAUGUGCAACGUGAAGGGGACGCCCCUGCCCACCAUCACGUGGACCCUGGACGAUGACCCCAUCCUCAAGGGCGGCGGCCACCGGAUCAGCCAGAUGAUCACGUCCGAAGGGAACGUGGUCAGCUACCUGAACAUCUCCAGCUCGCAGGUCCGGGAUGGGGGCAUGUACCGCUGUACGGCCAACAACUCAGCUGGAGUCGUCCUGUACCAGGCUCGAAUAAACGUAAGAGGGCCUGCAAGCAUUCGACCCAUGAAAAACAUCACAGCCAUAGCAGGACGGGACACAUAUAUUCACUGUCGAGUGAUUGGCUACCCCUAUUACUCCAUCAAAUGGUACAAGAACUCGAAUCUGCUUCCUUUUAACCACCGCCAGGUGGCAUUUGAGAACAAUGGGACGCUAAAGCUCUCUGAUGUCCAAAAAGAGGUUGAUGAGGGCGAGUACACGUGUAACGUGUUGGUACAGCCACAGCUCUCCACCAGCCAGAGCGUCCACGUGACGGUGAAAGUUCCACCUUUUAUCCAACCCUUUGAGUUCCCGAGAUUCUCCAUCGGCCAGCGGGUCUUCAUCCCGUGCGUGGUGGUCUCGGGGGACUUACCCAUCACCAUCACCUGGCAGAAGGAUGGCCGGCCGAUCCCCGCCAGCCUCGGGGUGACCAUCGACAACAUCGACUUCACCAGCUCCCUGAGGAUCUCCAACCUCUCCCUGAUGCACAACGGGAACUACACGUGCAUAGCACGGAACGAGGCGGCCGCGGUGGAGCACCAGAGCCAGCUCAUCGUGAGAGUUCCUCCCAAGUUUGUGGUUCAACCCCGGGACCAGGAUGGGAUUUAUGGCAAGGCCGUCAUCCUCAACUGCUCGGCUGAGGGCUAUCCAGUGCCCACCAUUGUGUGGAAAUUCUCGAAAGGUGCUGGGGUUCCCCAGUUCCAGCCCAUUGCCCUCAAUGGCCGGAUCCAGGUUCUCAACAACGGCUCACUGCUGAUCAAGCACGUUGUGGAAGAAGACAGCGGCUACUACCUCUGCAAGGUCAGCAAUGAUGUGGGCGCAGACGUCAGCAAGUCCAUGUACCUCACGGUUAAAAUUCCUGCCAUGAUCACGUCCUAUCCAAACACAACUCUGGCUACUCAGGGUCAGAAGAAGGAAAUGAGCUGCGCGGCCCAUGGUGAAAAGCCCAUUAUUGUCCGCUGGGAGAAAGAAGACAGGAUCAUUAACCCGGAGAUGGCCCGCUAUCUCGUGUCCACCAAGGAGAUGGGCGAGGAGGUGAUUUCUACUCUACAGAUUUUGCCAACUGUGAGAGAAGAUUCUGGCUUCUUCUCCUGCCAUGCUAUCAAUUCUUACGGGGAGGACCGUGGAAUCAUUCAGCUCACAGUGCAAGAGCCCCCAGACCCUCCUGAAAUUGAGAUUAAAGACGUCAAAGCACGCACAAUUACGCUCAGAUGGACCAUGGGCUUUGAUGGAAACAGCCCCAUCACCGGCUAUGAUAUUGAAUGCAAAAAUAAAUCAGACUCGUGGGAUUCUGCUCAGAGAACCAAAGAUGUUUCCCCUCAGCUGAACUCCGCCACCAUCAUUGAUAUCCACCCUUCCUCCACCUACAGCAUCCGCAUGUACGCCAAGAACCGGAUCGGCAAGAGCGAGCCCAGCAACGAGCUCACCAUCACAGCGGACGAAGCGGCUCCCGACGGUCCACCUCAGGAAGUUCACCUGGAGCCCAUAUCCUCUCAGAGCAUCAGGGUCACCUGGAAGGCUCCCAAGAAACAUCUGCAGAAUGGGAUUAUCCGUGGCUACCAAAUCGGUUACCGAGAGUACAGCACCGGGGGCAACUUCCAGUUCAACAUCAUCAGCAUCGACACCACGGGCGACAGCGAGGUGUACACGCUGGACAACCUCAACAAGUUCACCCAGUACGGCCUGGUGGUGCAGGCCUGCAACCGGGCUGGCACGGGGCCUUCUUCUCAGGAAAUCAUCACCACCACCCUCGAGGACGUGCCCAGUUAUCCCCCUGAAAAUGUCCAAGCCAUAGCAACAUCACCGGAAAGCAUAUCAAUCUCCUGGUCCACCCUUUCCAAGGAAGCCCUGAACGGAAUUCUCCAGGGGUUCAGGGUCAUCUACUGGGCCAACCUCAUGGAUGGAGAGCUGGGCGAGAUUAAGAACGUUACCACCACACAGCCUUCCCUGGAGCUGGAUGGGCUGGAGAAGUACACCAACUAUAGCAUCCAGGUGCUGGCCUUCACCCGGGCCGGGGACGGGGUCCGCAGCGAGCAGAUCUUCACCCGGACCAAAGAGGAUGUUCCAGGCCCUCCGGCGGGCGUCAAAGCAGCAGCGGCCUCUGCCUCCAUGGUCUUCGUGUCCUGGCUGCCGCCGCUCAAGCUGAACGGCAUCAUCCGGAAGUACACCGUGUUCUGCUCACACCCCUACCCCACAGUGAUCAGCGAGUUUGAAGCCUCCCCUGACUCAUUUUCCUACAGAAUUCCCAACCUGAGCCGGAACCGUCAGUACAGCGUCUGGGUGGUGGCCGUCACCUCCGCAGGUCGAGGGAACAGCAGUGAGAUCAUCACGGUGGAGCCACUGGCAAAAGCUCCUGCGCGAAUCCUCACCUUCAGCGGGACGGUGACCACUCCCUGGAUGAAAGACAUUGUCUUGCCUUGUAAAGCUGUCGGGGACCCCUCGCCCGCAGUGAAGUGGAUGAAAGACAGUAACGGGACGCCCAGCCUGGUGACGGUUGACGGACGCCGGGGCGUCUUCAGCAACGGAAGCUUCAUCAUCCGCACGGUGAAGGCUGAGGACUCCGGCUACUACAGCUGCGUCGCCAACAACAACUGGGGAUCCGAUGAAAUUAUUUUAAAUUUACAAGUGCAAGUGCCACCCGACCAGCCUCGGCUUACGGUUUCCAAAACGACAUCUUCCUCCAUCACUCUUUCUUGGCUUCCUGGAGACAACGGGGGUAGCUCCAUCCGAGGGUACAUCCUGCAGUAUUCCGAAGACAACAGUGAACAGUGGGGAAGCUUUCCCAUCAGCCCCAGCGAGCGGUCUUACCGCCUGGAAAACCUGAAGUGUGGAACCUGGUAUAAGUUCACCCUCACCGCCCAAAACGGAGUGGGGCCUGGGCGCAUCAGUGAAAUCAUAGAGGCGAAAACCCUGGGGAAAGAGCCCCAGUUCUCCAAGGAGCAAGAGCUGUUCGCCAGCAUCAACACCACGCGCGUGCGGCUGAGCCUGGUGGGCUGGAACGACGGCGGCUGCCCCAUCACCUCCUUCACGCUUGAGUACCGGCCCUUCGGGACCCUGGUGUGGACCACCGCUCAGCGGACCUCCCUCUCCAAGUCCUACAUCCUGUAUGACCUGCAGGAAGCCACCUGGUACGAGCUGCAGAUGCGCGUGUGCAACAGCGCCGGCUGCGCCGAGAAGCAGGCCAACUUCGCCACGCUCAACUACGACGGCAGUACAAUUCCUCCACUCAUUAAGUCAGUCGUCCAAAGCGAAGAGGGGCUGACCACCAAUGAGGGGCUCAAGAUGCUGGUGACCAUCUCCUGCAUCCUGGUGGGGGUCCUGGUGCUCUUCGUUCUCCUGCUGGUCCUGCGGAGGAGGAGACGGGAGCAGAGGCUGAAGCGGCUCCGAGAUGCAAAGAGUUUGGCUGAAAUGCUCAUGAGUAAGAAUACUCGAACUUCGGACACCUUAAGCAAACAACAACAAACUCUGAGAAUGCACAUCGACAUACCCCGGGCUCAGCUAUUGAUUGAAGAGAGGGACACAAUGGAGACUAUAGAUGACCGCUCCACCGUCUUGCUGACCGAUGCCGACUUUGGAGAAGCCGCGAAACAGAAGUCCCUGACGGUGACCCACACGGUCCACUACCAGUCAGUGUCGCAGGCCACCGGGCCCCUGGUGGAUGUGUCAGAUGCUCGGCCAGGCACGAACCCUACCACCAGGCGGAAUGCCAAGGCCGGGCCCACGGCGAGGAACCGGUACGCCAGCCAAUGGACCCUCAACCGACCCCACCCGACCAUCUCCGCCCACACCCUCACCACAGACUGGAGGCUGCCGACGCCCAGGGCCACGGGGUCCGUGGACAAGGAGAGUGACAGCUACAGCGUCAGCCCAUCACAGGACACAGACCGAGCGAGAAGCAGCAUGGUCUCUACGGAAAGCGCUUCCUCCACCUACGAGGAGCUGGCCAGGGCCUAUGAACACGCCAAGAUGGAGGAGCAGCUGCGGCACGCCAAGUUCACCGUCACGGAAUGCUUCAUCUCCGACACCUCCUCCGAGCAGCUGACGGCAGGGACAAACGAGUACACGGACAGUCUGACCUCCAGCACCCCUUCGGAAUCGGGGAUCUGCAGGUUCACUGCGUCUCCUCCCAAACCUCAGGAUGGAGGGCGGGUGAUGAACAUGGCGGUCCCAAAGGCGCAUCGGCCAGGCGACCUCAUCCAUCUGCCUCCAUACCUUCGAAUGGACUUCUUGUUAAACCGGGGUGCUCCGGGCACCAGCAGGGACCUGAGUUUAGGACAAGCGUGCCUGGAACCUCAGAAAAGUCGGACCCUGAAGCGUCCCACGGUCCUUGAGCCCAUCCCAAUGGAGGCCUCCUCCUCCACGUCCUCCACCAGAGAAGGACCCUCGUGGCAGCAGGGGGCCGUGGCUACAUUACCUCAGCGGGAAGGCGCAGAGCUGGGACAGGCAGUUAAGAUGAGCAGCUCCCAAGAGUCACUGCUUGACUCCCGGGGCCAUUUGAAAGGAAACAAUCCCUACGCGAAAUCCUACACCCUGGUAUAACACACGGCACCGCGGGACAGCAUUGUAAAUACAAUUUAAACAGUUCAAUCAAAGCUACCUUUUUUUUACGGAAUUCCAAUAUUUAUAAUUAAAGAAAAUUGCCAAAAUAUAUUAAAAAAAAGAGAGAGAGAGAGAGACAAAUACUGAAACCACAGACAGUGCAAAGACUGCCCUGCUUCUUUUUCUGUCUGAGUGUGAGUUUCAUCCGCCUGGGCGUCUGAUUUUUUGUGAAAGAGGCCCAGUUUUAUGAUCUUCACAGGCUAUUGCAUUUUUACUGAUUUUCUACAAAGUGCAUGGGGACUAAUGAACCUUCUGACUGGAAGCGCUGUCACACCAGAGGUAAAGGAAGGAAACGGGAGGGGGCGACCCGCCUACUUGUGGGUUUCGGAGGAGCAGUGAUUUCUGGGAGGGGACAGCCAUCCUCACCUUCGUUCGCACACCUUUCUUUCCCAUUAGGAACCAGGUCCUCGAGUCCAUCUUCUGUUGUCAAUUAGAAUGAGUGCCGUCGGUGGAGGGGUGGGGGGGGGGAUCCAUUUGGUUUCCUUUUUUGGUUUCUUUUUUUUUUUUUUUUAAUUUGAUGAGACACUCUUUGCAUUGUGUCUAAAUGAAAUAAAAAAAGAAAAAGGUGGUCUGCCUUUACUUCCACGUCUGCUCCUCUGAUCUCCCACCGAUUCCUGGUGGAUGAGUCUGUCCUGUGGAUGUUCAGUUUGCAAACACCAGCACUAGUCCCAGAGCCCAUGGAUAAGAGAGGAUACCAGUGCGUGUCACUGAGAAGAGCAAAGAGAUCCAGCCCGCACUGCCACGCUGGAGUCCACAAAGCGCAGGCUGGCCUCCAGCCCCCCGGGGCUGACUGGGUCUCCUAAAAGGCCGCACACCAUCCCAGCUCUUGAGCCGGACAGCAUUGGCAGCCUACGGCCAAAUCCAACCUGAUGCUCUUUUGGUAAAUAAAGUUUUAUUGGAAGAAGGCCAAA